GACUGGUUUGAGGCUUCGGCUGCUACUGACAAACUAGCUGCCUUGUCAGAGUUAAAGCCAUUCAGUUGAUCAGAUGUCAAUAAUGUGACUGUCGCAGUAGAGCUGUAGCUACAGUUUCUGGAACAGGAAGAUGAUUGCUUGCAGAUGAAUCCCGUGUUAUCGGACCAGUUUGCAACAUAGCGCGACGUGGUUUGUAGCUAUUUAAGUUAUAAGAUUGACAAGAUAGACGGCUAAAGUUCCUCUGGAGUGAGAUGGGAAACGCUGGGCUGAACGCAGGUAGUUUAUGGAGCAGGCUGGCCAGCUGAGUGCGACAUGGAAGUAAGAAUAUUCCAGAUGCAUGUCGGCCAUUAAACAUGUUGGUUAUUUGGGGCUGUAGUGUGAUUUUAAAGAACUGAGUGUCUGGCUCUAGCUGUCAAACUCGCUCGUCCUGGCUGCAGCGCUGGCCUAGAAGCUAGCAGCGAGCUAGCUAACUAGCCUGGCUCAUCUACAAAAGUUGUGUGUUGUUGAUGUCCUGCCAGCCAGCUAUGGACACUGUGACUGAGACAUGCCCCGCGGUGCACCAAAAUGGGACCGCCCAUCGGGAAUCUCCAGACACAAGGCCGGCCGCUGCUGUUCUGAAGCUUCAUUUCUAUCACAGCAGCCAAGGAGCGACAAAUUGCAGCUUCCUCGGCUACCCACCAGGAGACUAUGUGGCUGAGGAGCUGUGUAUAGAUGCAGCCAAGGCGUGCAGUAUAUCCCCUCUGUACUGCAACCUGUUUGGUCUCUUUCGAGAGCGAGACCGCUUGUGGUUUUCACCAAACCACAUCUUCCAGCUUGACGAACUGGCUUCUGAAGAUGUGUUUUUCAGGCUAAGGUACUACUUCCCUGGCUGGUACAGUGGUGGGGCGUCCCGGGCGUAUCGAUACGGGGUCGCCAAGGGCUCAGAAAGUCCUGUCCUGGAUGACUUUGUGAUGUCAUACCUCUUCUCUCAGUGGAGGAAUGAUUUUGUCAAUGGGUUGGUGAAGAUCCCCAACUGCCAUGAGACUCAGGAGGAGUGCCUCGGUAUGGCUGUGCUCGAUAUGACGAGAACAGCCAAGGAGAGGCAGAUGUCCCCGCUGGACAUCUACCACACGAUAAGCUAUAAGUCCUUCUUGCCGAAGGACAUGAGAGCUCAGAUCCAGGACUGCAACUUCUUGACACGCAAGCGAAUCCGCUUCCGCUUCAAGCGCUUCAUCCAGCAGUUCAGUCAGUGUCGGACCACGGCACGCGACCUCAAGCUCAAGUACCUCAUCAGCAUGGAGUCCCUGGAAAAGACCUUCUACACAGAGACCUUCCAGGUCAGGGAUCCGUCCAGCGGACAGCUCGUCAUCCUGGUGGCAGCAGACAGUGGCAUCCAGUGGUGUCGAGAGAAACUAAAGGAUUCUGACCAGGAGCUGCAGACCUUGUGCGACUUCCCCGAUGUCACUGAUGUCAGCAUCAAACAGGCCAGCAAGGAGGGAGCUGCGGAGAGUCGGGUGGUCACCAUUAACAAACAAGAUGGAAAGAAUCUGGAGCUGGAGUUCCCCACCUUGUCUGAAGCGCUCUCCUUUGUGUCCCUUAUUGACGGCUACUACCGGCUGACGACAGACGCACAUCACUACCUUUGUAAAGAAGUGGCUCCUCCCAGGCUUGUGGAGGCCAUCGCUUCUCAUUGCCACGGCCCCAUCUCAAUGGAGUUUGCCAUUAACCGGCUUCAGAGAAGUGGAAACAAGCGAGGAUUGUACAUUUUGAGAUGUAGCCCCAAAGACUUCAACAAGUAUUUCCUGACUUUCCCCGUUAAGGCGUAUGAUGCUGUCGAAUACAAGCACUGCCUGAUAACCCGGUCUGCCAGCGGGGAGUUUAACCUCAGUGGAACCAAAAGAAACUUCAGCAGCCUGCAGGAGCUUCUCAGCUGUUACCAAAAGGAAACUGUGCGCUCUGACAGCGUCAUUUUCCAAUUCAGCAAGUGCUGUCCACCUAAAUCCAAAGAAAAGUCCUGCCUCCUCGUGUGCAGGAGCAACAAGGGCUCCGAAGUGCCUAUAUCUCCGUCUCUACAUCGACACAACAUCAGUCAGAUGGUGUUUCACAAGAUCAGGAAAGAAGAUCUGGAAUUUAUGGAGAGUUUAGGCCAAGGGACAUUUACCAAAAUCUUCAAAGGGGUCCGCAAAGAGCUGGGAGACUAUGGACUCAUGCACCAAACCGAAGUUGUCAUGAAAGUCCUGGACCAGGCCCACAGGAACUACUCUGAGUCUUUCUUUGAAGCUGCCAGCAUGAUGAGCCAGUUGUCCCAUAAGCACCUGAUCCUGAACUACGGCGUGUGUGUCUGCGGAGAAGAACAUAUCAUGGUGCAGGAGUUUGUGAAGUUCGGUUCACUGGACACGUACCUGAAGAAGAACAAGAACUCUAUAAACAUCCUGUGGAAGCUGGAGGUGGCCAAACAGCUGGCCUGGGCCAUGAACUUCCUGGAAGAAAAGCAUCUCGUCCACGGGAACGUCUGCGCUAAAAACGUUCUUCUGAUCCGAGAGGAUGAUCGGAGGGCUGGGAACCCUCCCUUCAUCAAACUGAGUGACCCUGGCAUCAGCAUCACUGUCCUGCCCAAAGAAAUCCUGAUUGAGAGGAUCCCUUGGGUGUCCCCUGAGUGUGUCGAGGACCCUGCCAACCUGAGCCUGGCUGCAGACAAAUGGAGCUUUGGCACCACACUAUGGGAGAUCUGCAGUGGUGGGGAGAAACCUUUAGCAACACUGGACAACUCUAAGAAAACCCUGUUCUACGAGGACCACCACCAGCUUCCUGCACCAAAGUGGACCGAACUGGCGAACCUGAUCACCAGCUGCAUGGACUACGAGCCCACGUUCAGGCCCACAUUUCGGGCCGUUAUCCGUGACCUCCACAGCCUCUUCACACCAGACUAUGAGUUGAUUGUGGACAGUGACAUCCUGCCGAACAGGACAGCGGUCUCCGGCUGGUCCUCUGGGGGCUUUGAGUGUCAGGAGCCGGCUCAGUUUGAAGAGAGACACCUCAUAUUCCUGCAGCAGCUGGGCAAGGGAAACUUUGGCAGCGUGGAGAUGUGUCGCUAUGACCCGCUGCAGGACAACACCGGGGAGGUCGUGGCUGUGAAGAAACUGCAGCACAGCACCGCAGAGCACAUACGAGACUUUGAGCGAGAGAUCGAGAUCCUGAAAUCUCUGCAGCAUGAGAAUAUCGUCAAGUACAAAGGAGUUUGCUACAGUGCAGGACGACGAAAUCUCCGCCUGGUCAUGGAAUAUUUGCCCUACGGAAGUCUGCGAGAUUACCUCAUGAAGAACAAGGAGAGGAUCGACCAUAAGAAGCUCAUUCAUUACACUUCACAGAUCUGCAAGGGUAUGGAGUACCUGUCCAGUAAGCGGUAUAUCCACAGAGACCUGGCAACACGGAAUAUCCUCGUGGAGAGUGAGCUGAGGGUGAAGAUCGGAGAUUUCGGCCUCACCAAAGUUCUGCCUCAGGACAAAGAGUACUACAUGGUUAAAGAGCCGGGAGAGAGUCCCAUAUUCUGGUAUGCCCCCGAGUCACUGACGGAGAGCAAGUUCUCCGUGGCGUCAGAUGUCUGGAGCUUUGGAGUCGUGCUUUACGAGCUCUUCACCCACAGCGACAAGAACUCCAGCCCCCCCGCAGUGUUCAUGUCCAUGAUGGGGAAUGACAAGCAGGGACAGCUGAUCGUUUAUCACCUCAUUGAGCUCCUUAAAUCAGGCAGCAGGCUGCCUCAGCCUCUGGGCUGUCCUGCAGAGAUACACGAGAUCAUGGAGGAGUGCUGGGACAACGACCCCGGUUUGCGUCCGUCUUUCAAGGAGCUCGCUCUGCGCAUCGACCUGUUCAGGGACAGUAAGGAGUUUUAGACAGGAAAAAUCACCCAAAGUGCCCUGCUCCUCUUCAGCCGAGUCGCUCUUAACAUUGUUGUGGCAAAGGGACAAAACGAGGUCCUUCUCCUGCUGAGCGCCAGCGUGUGGCUGAUUCAGCUUGUGACUGGAAGAGUGCUGGUUCGAAACUCGGACCAGCUCAAAAACUACUGCCAAGGUGCCUUUUAAAGCAAGGCACUCAACCCCCAUGUUUCAAAAGUGGAGCGGCUCAGUGGCGAGCAGCGAGAUGAGAAAUGGAGGCUCGGAUGCCAAGAACUGUUGAAGGUGAUGAUGUUUCAGUCAAACAUUCUGGAUAAAGUUUUAAAAGAAGAGUUUGUGGAGACUGUGAGUAGACUAUUGCCAGGCCUAAAGCUAGAGAUGCUUGUGUCAAACAAGUUGUGUGUAUGUGUGUAUAUGUGUAUGUGUGUAUGUGUGUCUGUGUGUCUGUGUGUUUGUGUGUGUGUGUGUGUGUCUGUGUGUGUGUGUGUGUGUGUGUAAGGCUGUUUUCACACCACAUCAAGCAGUGUGUCAAAAACUCUAGUAAUUGCAUUUAUUUUAAUGGUUGUAGUUCAUUUGGUUGUGUAGCGGCCUGCAGUGGAAAAGUUGAAACAACUUUUUGAGAAGCGCAUUGCUGCAAUGGGAUGCCAGAGGACAACAACUUAAUUACAGGAAAGUUUUUUAAAAAUCGAGGUUAAAAAUCAGAUCAUAAGCACUUACCCCGACUUGCCCAGGAAGUACAUAAAGGAGUUACUACAGGUGCAUCUCAAAAAAAUAGAAUAUCAUGGGAAAAAGUUCAAUAUUUUUUGUCAGUUAUUUCAGAAAGUGAAACUCGUAUAUUAUAUAGAUUCAUUACACAUAGAGUGAAAUAUUUCAAGCCUGUUUUUCUAGCAAUUUUGAUGAUUCUGGCUUAGAGAUAAUGAAAACACAAAACUCAGUGUCUCAGAAAAUUAGAAUAUUACAUAAGGUCAAUUAUAAAAGGAUAUUUUAAACACAAAUGUCAGGCUUCUGAAAAGUAUCUUCAUUUCUAUACAUCAAUACUUGGUUGGUCUCCUUUUGCAUGAAUUACUGCAUUAAUUCUUGGUGGCAUGGAGGAGAUCAGCCUACAGCACCAUGUUGCUUUUAUAGCAGCCUUCAGGUCAUCUGGUGUCUCUCACCUUCCUCUUGACAACAGCCCAUAGACUCCUAUGGGGAUCAGGUCAGCCCAGUUUGCUGGCCAGUCCAGCCCAGUAACACCAUGGUCAUUGAAGCAGCUUUUGGUAC